AUGAUUUUAGUUAGAUUCAUAUUAGAUCGUUUUUCGCGGGAGCUGUGUCAUCUUGCCACGAAUAAUUCUGAGGACCCUGAUGAUUCUAAGGAUCUGGAUAAUUCUGAGGAGCCGCAUGAUUCUCAGAACCAGAAAGAUUCAAUUCGGAUUCGAACGUUUGUUGGUAUUUGUAAAAUAACCAAAUUCGAAGUGUUAAAAAGAGAAUUGCAAGCUGUUUUUACGUUCGAUGAGGAACAGAUAAGUACAUGGCGGAAGGUUUGCAGACAAUUCUUGAUCAGUCCUCAGAGAGAUAUGAGAAAAUGGGCCGUUGAAGGUCUGUCGUAUCUCACUUUUGUCCUCAAGGUCAAAAACGAGUUGAUCAAAGACCAACUAGCCGUUAAAGCGAUAAUCGAGUUUGCCAAGAUUGAAAAUCAAUCGAUUCUCUAUCAAGUAAACAUAUUGUUGGUGAACUUGUGCAUCGCUUAUGACAAUUAUGAUCUCCCACCCGAGAGGGAAAUGUUUGUAAACUGUUUUAAUAUUGAUCACAUACAGGCCGAAGACGACUACGUGCAAGAAAGACGGCGCGUGUUGGCGGAGGCCGGCGUGACCAGCGCUUUGGUAAGCCUCGCUAAAACAGGCAGCGAGAAUAGCAAGGAAUUAAUAGCCCGCGUUUUCAACGCGAUAUGCAGUGAACAAGAUUUGAGAAAAAUAGUUAUUCAAGAAGGCGGCACGGAGACAUUAUUGUCGUUAGCGCUGAAUGGCACAAACUCAGGAAUGAUAUAUGCUACGCGGGCCCUGACCUAUCUAGCACUCACGACAUCUCCUGAGGUUGCAUUUCCCGGUCAGAUAAUCAUGGAGGUUGUACAGCCGAUCUCAAAUCUCUUGAACCCGGAGCAUUCCGUUAAUGAGAGAUGCGAUGCUCUAACAGCUUUGUGCAAUCUAGCUAGUGUCAACGACAUGCAAGAACAUAUUUUCAAGACAGAGUAUGAGAAAAUUGAACUCUGUAUGCGUGACGAUAACAACCUGUUGAAACAAACGUCCAUACAACUUAUAAACAAUUUGGUAUUAUCCCAUAAAGUUGCCAUUCAAUUUGUUGAGCAGAGAUCUGAUCAACUUUUUGAUCUUAUGAAUAGGUCCGUGAAGGACGGCACAGAUCACCAUACAAAGAAGGCAAUAGCUGGAACAUUAGCAACGCUAACGGCAGCCAGCAAAAAGACUUGCGAAAAAUUACUCGGCUGGGACAUUUGGUCGACAUUCCUACCUAUUUUACUAAAUGAUCCAGACGAUAACUUACAACAUAAAGGUACCGAAAUUGCGUUAAAUAUGAUGAACAGUACGAAAGACGUCGCUGCAAAACUCAUCGAAACAGAUACAAUAAUGAAACGAGUGAGGGAAUUGAGCGAUAAUAACACCGUGCAAAACAAGAAAAUCAACAAAUUAGCAUCCCGUGUUUUAGAAGCUGCUGCGAAAUGGAGUAAACUCAAGAGAAACAUCGAAGGGAGCGGAUCGUCACAAAGCAUUAAUAAUAUAUAG